AAUCUCUUGUGUUUUGUUCCAAGGAAUAACAUCGACUCGAAAAUAGCGAAGAAUAUUAAAGGACUGCGGUUGGAAAUACCGCGUGCGAUGUUAAAACCAUCCGCUCCACCGAUCGCGACGGUCGAGGACUCGUUUUAUCCAGAACCGCAAGUUGUUUCGAUAUCAACACUUUCUCUACCGUCACGGAAUCCGGUACAAUCGCCUAUCAAUCCAAAUUUCAACAUCAAUGACACGUACCCUUCGGCCUCGUCGGAACCUCGAAUAAUCUACGUCGCCAACCCACCGACGAACGCAAACAACUCCUGUUGCUGCAGAUGCAGAUCGUCGCGACCAGUAACCGCACUCAUCGUCGUCAUAGCCUUGGUGAUAGUCGUGUCAGUGCUCGUACGAGUCGUCAUUAAGACCGAGAGUCGAUAACUCAAACUUUGGAAAACUUAUCUCUGAUGGGAGCCAGUCGAAAUCAGCUCGCUGGACGCGCUGGAAAAUUUCUUCCGAAGAAUUCCCGAUCGAGGAGCGUCUUCGUCCCAUUCCCAGAAAAACGCAUUUGUUAAUCGUUUGAUUCAUGGCAGGAGGGAACGAAUGGAAAAAACACACUCGUCGUCAGACGGCUCAGUCGAGUUCGAUACCGUUGCGGCUCGUUUAUAAUCCGGAUUAUCUAUGUACAUGCGGACGUGCAGAGGGUACGACAGUCGAGGCGUCUAAUUGCAGCGGAGGACUUCAUCCGGUAUUCCCUUUGUCUCUUGCACUAAUUCCCUGUGGCAGAUCGCCAGUGAUCAGAGACCUCGGAACACGGAGAUGCAGAUAGGUAUUGUGGGCUCGCGUAGCAAUGAGGCAGAAGAUGGAAAAUCGUGCGAGGAACACGCUGUAAUUGCUCUGAUGAACGCAUUCCUAAUGAAACUUGCAAAAUGAUGAAAAUUUUAUGAAUUUCGUGUACGAGAGAUCGACGAUAAUGGCCGAUGGAGGAAAUGUGCUCGUUUCAUUAUUUGAAAAGUAAUAAAUGAUUAUUCAACAAAA